AUGCCUCUCUCUCUUACUGUGAGGUCUUUGUGUGUACUCAUCGCGGAUCAGAAGGUGGCGGCGCUUGUAAAAGGCGAGUUAUAUCUUAUCAAGAACUCCAAGCCCUCCUCGCGUUUCCCGGGAAUGGCUAGCCUGAUCCAAGCUUCAUGUCGGCUAUUGAACGUCGAGUCGCGAAAAUCAUUACUUGAACCUAUCUGGACCAGAAAACAUGGUGGCUAUAUGUAA